GACCCGGAAGCGCGGGGCGGAGGCGGCGCGGAGGGAUCCGCGGCGCCCGGGCGCUGUGUCGUUGCGCCGAGCGGCGGCGGGAGCGCGGCGCCCGGCCCGGCCCCGCCAUGUUCAAGAACACGUUCCAGAGCGGGUUCCUGUCGGUGCUGUACAGCAUCGGCAGCAAGCCCCUGCAGAUCUGGGACAAGAAGGUGCGCAACGGCCACAUCAAGCGCAUCACGGACAAUGACAUCCAGUCCCUGGUGCUGGAGAUCGAAGGGACUAAUGUCAGUACCACGUACAUCACGUGCCCUGCUGACCCAAAGAAGACCCUGGGCAUCAAACUACCUUUCCUAGUGAUGAUCAUCAAGAACCUGAAGAAAUACUUCACUUUUGAAGUGCAGGUGCUGGAUGAUAAGAACGUGCGCCGGCGCUUCCGGGCCAGUAACUACCAGAGCACGACGCGGGUGAAGCCGUUCAUCUGCACCAUGCCCAUGCGGCUGGACGACGGCUGGAACCAGAUCCAGUUCAACCUCUCGGACUUCACCCGCCGGGCCUACGGCACCAACUACAUCGAGACCCUCCGAGUUCAGAUCCACGCCAACUGUCGCAUCCGACGGGUGUACUUCUCGGACCGGCUCUACUCAGAGGAUGAGCUCCCAGCCGAGUUCAAGCUCUAUCUGCCUGUCCAGAACAAGGCCAAGCAAUAAAGCCACGUUGGGAAGAGAUGCAAGAAACGUUUGGGGCCAGUAGGAAAACAAAAGCAGGUGGAAGAGAAGGCCCUGCUGAGACCAAGUUUUAGAUGAGCUCACCUUGCCUAGGGGAACUUUGAUUCAUCUGAUAUCCCUCCCCUGGCCAGGACACGAUUAACAGGUCUGAGACUCUGCUGUUGGGGUGCAAGUUGUGGAGAAUCAGAGUUUUCCUAGCUGUUCCUAAAGUGCUGAGCCUAAACACUGCAAGUGGCCUGCUGCCUGACCCUGCCUUGCACAGAGGGCUUGCUCAGCAUGGCCACCGUGCCUCUGAGCAGGGGCUGCAGCAGGGAUUGUGGGGUUGAAGUCUGCCCCUCCUUGAACAUACCAGUUUUGUUAUUUCCCUUGUUUUCCAUCUCAUUUUAUAUCUGCUCUAAAUCUGGGUGUAAGAGUCUUGGAAAGUUAUUAAACAUUUGACUCUGUAAGUCUG